GAGGCAGAGGAGGGAGCGUGUUUUACAUCCUGUAGAGAGAUUCACUUGACGACCUAAAUGCUGUCCGAUAUUUUUCGCCAGCGAACACUGAAUGUGGAUACACCUUGAUAAUAUACUGAGUCGUGAAAGGAUUUCAAAGAUCAAGGAAAGAUGUAAUGCGGAUUACAGCGUGACACGCCAUUGACACCGAGGCAUCCGCAGGCAGGGGGAGAGAGAGCAGGGCUCGAGCAACGAAGGUCCUGGUUAGACUCCUGCUGGAUUUACCCUCUACUGGCCCCCGUCUGGUUUUGCCUCCUCUGACUGACUGAAAUCGGCACUUCUGACCCCACAGAGAAGGCGGUCAAUUAAACAGCUGGGAGGUGGAAAAAGACAAAAAACAUCCAAAAAAAAGAGUGUAGAUACAAUCAAAAAUGGAAACGCUCUCCCAGGACUCGAUUUUGGAGUGCCAGAUCUGUUUCAACUACUACAGCCCGCGGCGCCGGCCCAAGCUGCUGGACUGCCGGCACACCUGCUGCUCAGUGUGCCUGACCCAGAUGAGGACCAGCCAGAAGGAGAUCCGGUGCCCCUGGUGCCGGGGCGUCACCAAGCUGCCGGCGGGCCUCUCGGUGUCCCAGCUCCCUGACGACCCGGACAUCGUCACCGUCAUCGCCAUUCCGCACGCCUCCGAGCACACGCCCGUCUUCAUCCGGCUGCCUAGCAACGGCUGCUACAUGCUGCCACUGCCCGUCGCCAAGGAGCGGGCCCUGCUGCCGGGCGACCUGGGCUGCCGGCUCCUGCCUGGCGGGCAGCAGAAGGGCGUGGCCGUAGUGGCAGUGCCCGAGCAGCAGCCCCUUGGGGUGGGGCUGGAGGGGCCGGAGGGGGAGGUGGGGGAGAGGCGGGUGCCAGGGGGGAAGGGCUCCACCUGGUCCGGGGUGUGCACCGUCAUCCUGGUGGCCUGCGUCCUUCUCUUCCUCCUGGGCAUCGUCCUGCACAACAUGUCCUGCAUCUCCAAACGCUUCACCGUCAUCUCCUGUGGCUGAGGGAGGCGGGGGUUGGUUUGGGUGUGUCCCCGCCCUCGACCCCGCCCCCUGGCCCUGCCUUCAAGAGGCGGGACAUAAUAAAGAGACAGACAAAAAACACCACACAAAAAGGAUUUUGCACUUGUGCGGAGCUUAGAGGAAGAGAGAGGAGGGGAUGGCAAGCAGAGACUAGGGUUUAAACCCGCUGGGAGAGCGAGGGGUUUGCAAUAACACAGGACACCAACUCAUUCCAGUCUACGCCCCCUCCCCCCAGUACCCCUCAAACCCUCCACACAUUCCAUCACACGGAGAGGGUUUCAGGGGCGGGGGACACU